AACAAAACCCCAACCUGUUACUGCUUCAGCCUGUCUGUGGGAGGGGAUGCUCGUAAUAAAGCUGCCAGCCCCCUCGUUAGGCAUCACGAGGUUGGAGGGAAGAUUAGCAGGAUUAAGACGGGCUCACAUAUGCUGCUCUUCACUAUUGGCAUUCAACACAACACAAGCCCAACUGCCACCCAGACGGGGAGGGAAAGAGAAAGACAGAGGGUUUUAGGACCCCCACCCACUGGAGCUCAUUGGUUCUUGACGGGCUGUCGGAAAAGCGUUGACAUUGUCCCGGUGACUUGCCCCCGGGUGGUGGGGAGGAGGGACCUACUAUAAAAUACCCCUCGUCACUCUCGGGCGUGCCAAACACAAACAGUGCACGAGUGAACUGGAAUAACGAGUGAAUUCUGCAAAGCCACACACAAGCACGCGCUUGCACCUGCUACCAGAAUAUCACAUCUAAGCUGAGAGCGCACUGAACACCAUGGACUCCGACACGAGCCGAGUGUCCAGUAGACCUUCUUCUCCUGAAGGCGAUGAUCUCUUCUUGUCCGCUGUCAAGAAGUCCGUGGGUUUCUCCGGUGCUGUCUCCUCCACGCAGAGCGACUCUCCUCCGGAGUUAAGAGGAGCAGACCUGCGGAGCGUCUCCAGCGCCGACGAGGACGCAAUGUCUCUGAAGAUGCUCUCCAAAAAGGACCGUAAACUUCUGUCUGAGUCCGAACUGCAGAACAUGCGCCUCAAGAUCAACAGCCGCGAGAGGAAACGCAUGCACGACCUCAACAUCGCCAUGGACGGGCUCCGGGAGGUCAUGCCCUAUGCCCACGGGCCAUCCGUGCGCAAGCUCUCCAAAAUAGCCACCCUGCUGCUCGCACGCAACUACAUCCUUAUGCUGAGCAACUCGCUGGAGGAGAUGAAACGGCUCGUGAGCGAGAUAUACGGAGGAGGCAGCGGGGCUCAUCACGCCGGCUUCCACCCGUCCAGUUGUGGCACCCUUACGCACGCCGCGGGCGCUCCGUUACCGGGUCACCCCGCUGCUGUCUCGCAUUCGUCUCACCCGGUGCACCAUCCUCUGCUUCCACCGGCAGUCUCCACUGCCGCGUCGCUCUCCGGCCCAGGUCUCUCAGCCGUCAGGCCGCAUCACGGACUCCUCAAGGCACCAUCAGCCGGCGCCGGCACACUUGGCGCUGGUUUCCAGCACUGGGGUGCGGGGAUCCCGUGUCCGUGCAGCAUGUGCCAGGUUCCUCCGCCUCACGUGUCCGGUAUGAGCACCGUGAGCAUGCCACGACUGACCAGUGACUCAAAAUGAAGUACUGAACUUUAAUAAAAGAACUUUGAAACGGAACCAUAGACUUUUAUAUAAAAGCUGUAUUAUCGUGUCUAUCAGUUUAUGGCUGAACAAUUUGUUUUUGGGAAGCACAAAUAGUUCUGAAGCGAAGAAAAUGGAUCAAAGCCACUAACAUAGAGUUUUCUAACACUUUAGAGGUAUUAGGGUUAUCCAUGUGCAUUUCUGUGUAUAAAGUUUGUGAAAAUGGCAUAUCUUACUCCUUUUAGCCUUCAAACACGGGACUGCUAUUUACAAAAUGAAGUUUAAUGCGAAACAGAUUUAUAGCAAACAAUUAAAUCCGGACAAUUCAUGCUGCGGUUAAAGAGGGCUAAAUGGUUUAAUGGGCCAUUACUAUUAGACGAAAUUAUACAUUGAAAGUCCGGUACUGUGUAAAUAUGUAGAUAGCGUUUGUACAGUUCGAGAGAUUUUAUAUUACCUUCCCCACUUUAUGUUUGGGGUCAGAAUUCAUUUGCCAAGCGCUGUCUGUAACAGGAAAGACGCACCUGUUCAUUCCUGCACUAUCGUUCUCUCUCUCUCUGUCUUUAUCUCUCCCUCUCUCUCCCUUAAGUUUUCUGGCUUUCAGUAUUUGUUAUUUUUUAUCUUUUCUGUCUGCACAAGCUUACCCGUCAUGGCCGAUGCGAAGAAUGAUCAACUUUUAUUUUUUAUAAUAAAGUGCAAAAUGAUAUUUAUUUACUUAUUUUGAUGGUAUUUUCAAAUUAAUGUACGGUGAAUGUUUGAGUCCUAACUGUAAAAUAAAUGUUUUAAAAUGA